AUGUCCAAGCGAGUAACAAACGAUCGUUCUGAUUAUUCAGAUCCUACUGAUGGUAGUGAUUUUGGUGAAGUGAAGAAAAAAACUAUAAAGGUUGGUAGUGAUUAUCAAGCAAAAAUGCCUGAUAGAUUGUCCAAGUAUGGAGAUGAUCUACCAUACCUAAAUGUUGAUAAACUUCUCUGGUACCCUCAUAAUACAACCGAUGCAGUUAUUGAUGACUAUCUUUGUGAUUUUCAUCAAAUUUUUCACGGUACAAAUAAGCAUGUACGAGAUUAUGAAAACGCUUUAUUUUUACUUUUGCAAUGCGGAUUUAACACUAAAGAAGCAUUACGUCGAUUUGUUUUAAAUGAUCAAAGAGCCAUUAUGAAACCAUGGUCGGAAGAAGAAUUCAAAAAUUUUGAAAAUGGUAUUCGUAAAUUUAACAAAAACUUCCGUCUGAUUCAACAGAGUAGAGUGCCUACAAGAAAAGUUGGUGAACUUGUUCAUUUUUAUUAUUUUUGGAAGAAAACAGAAAGGCAUGAUAUUGUGUUUGCUAAUAAAAAACGACUGGAAAAGAAAAAAUAUGCUUUUCAACCAGGUAUUACAUUUUAUGAAAACGAAGAAAACUCCAUACUUAAUCAAAAGACAAAUAAAGUUUUGAAUCAUUUAAUUAACUCUGAUAUAAAAUGGUUACGACGAAAGGCAACAUAA